AUGGGACUAGUUAUUAUCACAUUUAUUCAGACUGUACAAUCACAACAGCGUGCUGAACGAGUUGCUGCUAUUGCACGAUUAGAACAAAGCCGUGUCGUCCUUGCAAAGAGAUUAGCUGAUCAUCGUGGAAAGAAGUAUAAAGUCAUUGAAGAUGCUCUGGCAUUUGUAGGUGAUGUGCAUGAUAUGGGUAAUUUUGGCAGACCAGAUUUCCUUUCUGAAAAUGAAAUUACAGGGAGCCAGUUAGGCAAGAAUUUGGAAGGCAAGGAGGAGAAGCAGCCCAGCAUGUUUGUGCAGGUGUUCUUAUCGAGCUUUACUGCAGCUAAAAGAUCAAUCAGAUUGGUGGGUUUUCAAGGCAUGUUAGGGAAUGCAGCUAUAUUUGCUGUCAGUAUGCUUGCUUUUCUGCAACUCAAUCGAGUUGCGUGUAAUGGUGGAACAGCACGGACACAAGAUCGGGCAUUCUACAGGAUGAGAAAUGAAAGUGAUUUUAUGCUUUUGGAUAAAUCUUCCAAGGGGAACCGAUUGAAGCAACUCGAUGUUCUGUCCGCUAGGGGAUAGGUAGAAUAGGAUUAUCCUUGAAUAAUGUUUGUAAAUCUUUUUUGAAGUAGUUAGGCAGUUUGGAGAGGCAAUUAUUUCGAUUGAAGUUUUUGAAAUUUUUUGCCUCUUGAUACUUUUAUUCAUUCUUUUUUUUUUUCAUUUUGAUUUCCUUUUCCCUGCCCAAUUUUUGGAGAUGAUCGUGAUAUUAUGUUUGCACUUUUUAGAAUCUGAAUGAUUGCGUGCCACCUUUAUCUCAUUGUACUUGUUUGUCAACUUCUCUUAUUCAG